AUGACUUUGCCCUGCGAUCUGCUCAUCCUGCUGCUGCUGCUGGAGGGGGCGGCCGACGCCGUGUUCCCCGAAGAGCCCGGGCCCAUUAGCGUGGCCCCCGGAGACUAUGUGAAGCACUACUCGGUGUUCGUGGGCAGCGGGCUGAGCCAUUUCUCCAGCCUGGACGGCAGCAGGGCAGAGCGACUCAACAUCCAGCGCAUGUUGAAGGUCAACAGGACUCUGUACAUCGGCGACAGGGAUAACCUGUACCGGGUGAGCCUGGAGCCUGCCACAGCCAGCGAGAUGCGCUACCAGCGGAAAUUGACGUGGGGGUCGAACCCACACGACAUCAGCAUCUGCCGGAUGAAGGGGAAGCACGAGGCAGAGUGCCGGAACUUCGUCAAGGUGCUGCUGGUGACGAACGAGAGCACGCUCUUCGUGUGUGGGACGAACGCCUUCAACCCCGUCUGCGCCAACUACAGCAUGGACACCUUGGAGCCCAUUGGAGACAGCAUCAGCGGCAUGGCCCGGUGCCCCUACGACCCCAAACAUGCCAAUGUCGCCCUCUUCACGGGCGGGAUGCUGUUCACGGCCACGGUGACGGAUUUCCUGGCAAUCGACACGGUGAUCUACCGGAGCCUGGGGGACAGCCCGACUCUGCGCACCGUCAAGCAUGACUCCAAGUGGUUCAAAGAGCCCUACUUUGUCCACGCUGUGGAGUGGAAGAGCCACGUCUAUUUCUUCUUCCGGGAGAUCGCCAUGGAGUUUAACUACCUGGAGAAGGUGGUGGUGGCCCGGGUGGCGCGGGUGUGUAAGAACGACCAGGGCGGCUCGCAGCGCGUGCUGGAGAAGCAGUGGACAUCCUUCCUCAAGGCCCGGCUCAACUGCUCCGUGCCGGGGGACUCGCACUUCUACUUCAACGUCAUCCAGUCGGUGACGGACAUCUUGUACCUGGACGGGCGGCCCGUGGUGCUGGCGGUCUUCUCCACGCCCUCCAACAGCAUCCCCGGCUCAGCGGUCUGCGCCUUCGACAUGGCACAGGUGGCGUCUGUCUUUGAGGGGCGCUUCCGGGAGCAGAAAUCCCCCGAGUCCAUCUGGACUCCCGUGCCGGAGGAGCUGGUGCCGAAGCCGCGGCCCGGGGGCUGCGCGGCCCCCGGCAUGCGCUAUAACUCCUCCAACUCCUUCCCGGACGAGAUCCUCAACUUCGUGAAGACGCAUCCUCUGAUGGACGAGUCGGUGCCCUCCCUGGGCCACGCCCCAUGGAUCAUCCGCAGCAUGACUCGGUAUCAGCUCCGUAAAAUUGUGGUGGACAGUGCGGCGGGGCCCUGGGGCAAUUGCACCGUGGUCUUCCUGGGGUCCAACACCGGCACCGUCCUCAAGUUCCUGAUCAAGCCCAACAUCAGUGCCAGCCCCUCAGCCGUCAGCGCCGGGAGCCAGAGCCUGCUCCUGGAGGAGUUCGAGACCUACCACCCCGGCAGGUGUGGCCGAGACAACGAGGACGAAAGGAAGCUCUUGGGCAUGGAGCUGGACAAAGCCACGGGGUCCUUGCUGCUGGCCUUCCCCCCGUGCGUGGUGAGGGUGCCCACUGCCCGAUGCCAGCAGCACUCGGGCUGCAUGAAGAACUGCCUCGGGAGCCGGGACCCCUACUGCGGCUGGACCCCCGAGGGCUCCUGCAUCUUCCUGGAAACGAGCACCAGGGCUGUGUUCGAACAGGACAUCGCCGGAGGCAGCACCUCGCACCUUGGGGAGUGUGAGGGACUGGUGACCGAGAGCUUCGUGGAGGAACCAGACGGGCUGGUCUCCGUGAACCUGCUGGUGAUCUCCUCCGUGGCUGCCUUCGUCAUCGGGGCGGUGAUCUCCGGCUUCAGCGUGUGCUGGUUCAUUGGGCACCGAGACCGCAAGGAGCUGGCGCGCCGCAAGGACAAAGAGACCAUCCUGGCGCACAGCGAGUCGGUGGUGAGCGUCAGCCGGCUGGGCGAGCGCCGCGCCCGUGGGGGCCAGCCCGAGAACCUCCUGGCCCCGCUGAUGCAGAACGGCUGGCCCAAGGGGCUCAUCAAGGUCAGCCAGCACGACCUGGACGCGGGGGUGCUGCCCACCCCCGAGCAGACCCCCCUGCAGCAGAAGCGCUGCCCCGGCAACCUCAAGAACUGCAGCUGGGAGCAGAGCCACAAUCUCAUCAACGCCUCCAUCCGUGAGCCGCCCUGCGCAGGCUCCUCCGUCAUCCUGCUGCACUCCAGCCACGCCCAGGUGCCCCACCACCUCCGGGCCGGGCGCGGCAUCCCCAUCUGCCACUCCAUGCUCAUGGACCAAGAGCUGGAGGACGAGGCAAGCGACUCCUCCGUGGACAUGCACUAUCUGCCGGUGAGCGGGGCGCGGGAGCGGGGCGAGGGGCCGAGGGGCCAGCAGCAGCCGCCCCCUUCCUACCGGCCCGGCUUGGGCAGGAGCUCCUGCGGCGAGUUCCCCGUCACGCCGCACGACAGCCCGGACCGGCGCCGGGUGGUGUCGGCGCCGAGCGGGGAGGCCGGGGACUACGCCGACGGCAGCCACUGGAACCCCGACAAGCUGAAUUUCAACAGCAACAACGCGGCCAGCAAGGCGGCCGCCCACCUCAAGAGGAACCACACGUUCAACAGCGCGGAGAACCCGGGGGUGUACAGCCGGCAUGCCGGGCCCCCGCGGGCCCCCACGCUGGGCAGCCAGCACACCCUCACGGACCUCAGCCACCUCCUCAAGUACGGCAUCGAGCGGACUCCCUCCGUCAAAUAG